CUACAGCUAGAAGGGGGGUUAUCGCUGUUGACUCGUUUGAUUGCUCAUCCUUUUGGUGUUCGUCUGUCAGGCCGCGGUCAUCAUCCGAACGUCGUCGUGCGUGGAAAAUCGCGUGUGUUACGCGUUUCUGUUCUCUGCCUGUGGUGUGUGCUAGUAAAUUGCGAGUGUGAAUUUAACGAGUGUGAUUCUUGCUAGAAAUUCGAGGCUGAAACUCCGGAAGCCGUCUGUGUAAUUCCGUAUUUUCGCCUGGUCACGACACGGGGAAUCCUCUUGGUGUGGUUGAUUGUCUCUGUUUUCCUGGCCACAAGUGAAAGGGAAAAUCAGUGUGUGCGUUUGUCAGGAGAGCUAGAAGCAAAACACGAGGCGCGGCGGUACGACAACGGGAUCAAAAUUCGAUCAUCCUGAGCGAGGUGAACGAAAUCGAAAAAGGCGGUGGUGUUUGAUAGUUCUCAGUGCAAUUUCUUCCGUCAUCCGUAAUCUGCCUAGCUCUUGCCUGGUAACUGUUGGAUUUUCUUUCCCAUAUUCGUAAGUCGCACUUUUCACCUGAAAACGCGGUACAAGUUUGACCGUGAAAAGAGGAAGAAGACCGACCAAGUGAAACUGGAAAUUUACAAUAAACUCCAGCUAAAGAAACCAUCAGGUGGACUCAGUGGAAAGGAAGCCCUUUGCUUGAAAACCUCGUCUGGAACUCAAAUAUGAUUGAAACCCCUACCAACACAAGCUGUCUGAUUUCGUCCAGGAUUCGUAAUACGGAGCAACCGCUUUGACCAGUUCGAGCACGAAAUUCAACGCAUCGUUUGUAAAGACAACCACCAGAACCAAACACCAUCACCAAAACACGAGUUUGGAUUCGAUUGAAGGAAUAGAGGAAAAGCUGCGGUUCACGUUUCGUUUGAUUUCAUCCCGAAACCUUAUCAGGGAACUUAACUAACGCCAAAGAGUGCGAGACACGAGAGAGAUUCGACAGUUCCUCACGACAUCCCUCACUUUGUGGAAUUUUAACGUCCAAAAUUGAAUAGCUCAAAAACGGUGGUGUGAUCGCUACACUAGAUUACACUAGCUUAAGUUUCUGGGAAGUUUCCUUCGGUUAAACUUUCCCCGUGCUAAGCACCUCCGCCUGGGAGUCAUCCAGGUCCGCGUGUUGUCCCCGUGAGAAGUACCCUUAAGUUUCGAACCCUUUUCGACGCGCAGCUUUGAAAGCGAAAAGGAAAGCGAACGCUGACCAACUUUUUUCUUCAACAAACCUAAACCCCACAAAACGAUGGCUGUUUUUACAAAACUCUGCUUACCAGAUAUUGUCAAAUUAAAACGCUAGUUAGUAAAGCCUUUGUCCACCCCGUUGUUCGAGGAGGUCAUCUAUAGAAUUUACUAAUUUUAACGUUUUUUUAGGUACAAUAUCAGUUACGUUACAUCGGUUUUCCGUAAUCGUUAAGUCUUUUUUUGCAAAGCCACUUUUUUAUUUAAUUACUAUAGAAAGUACACUCAUAAAAUUAAUAUAAAUAAUUAAUAAUUUUAAUAUUACAAUUUUAACGAGUACUAUUCACUAGCGUAGUGCUUGAUCGUAAGUACUUGGGUCUGCUGGAAGAACGUUUUCUAUACAUUUGUUUUCGCGAGUGCACUGUCGUAGAGAUUGAUCGUUGUAAAACUAUAGUUGGAACCGAAAAGAGAAUAAGAAAGUUGGUAUCGCUCUAAAACCCUCCUGUUUGGUACUUGAUAGCAAGCUACUUAAAUAUACACUUUUUGUAUCUCAUAUACACUAUAUACCGCGUGUUCUGCAAUCACGUGAGAAGCGUGCAGUUAUUUCACUUCGGCGUAUAUCGUUAAGAUUCCACUUACUUCCCCAUCCCGAAUAAGAACGUAAAUCUCUCAGUUUUUAAAUCUACAAAAACCAAAAUCAAAACCAUGGAACCACUAUCGCCGGAAAUACUGUGGCUGGUGAUACUGGGCUUUGUGAUUGCCUUCAUUUUGGCAUUCGGCAUCGGGGCAAACGAUGUUGCCAACUCGUUCGGUACGAGUGUCGGAUCCGGCGUCUUGACGAUCCGGCAGGCAUGUUGGCUGGCCACCGUCUGCGAAGUCUCGGGAGCUGUGCUGAUAGGUUACAAAGUGUCCGACACGAUGCGGAAAGGUAUCCUAGACGUGGAAAUGUACAAGGACACGGAAACGGAGCUGAUGCUGGGUUGUCUCUCGGCGCUGGCCAGUUCCGCUCUGUGGCUUCUGGUGGCAACCUUCUUCAAGCUGCCCAUCUCCGGUACGCAUAGCAUCGUUGGCUCCACCAUCGGCUUCAGCUUGGUAGCCCGUGGCAUGCAGGGACUCAAGUGGACCACCCUGGGUACGAUUGUAGGAUCGUGGUUCAUUUCGCCGGUUCUGAGUGGACUGAUGAGUAUUCUGCUGUUUUGGUCGAUUCGGAAGUUUAUUCUGCGCUCUAACAAUCCGCUGGAGAAUGGACUGUUUGCUCUGCCGCUGUUUUACGGCGUGACGCUUGCUGUGAACGUGUUCAGCAUUGUACAUGACGGUCCGAAACUGCUAUACAUGGAUAACAUCCCUACUUGGCUGGCACUAGUCGUAUCCGUGUCGAUCGGACUGAUCGUGGGCAUUUUGGUUCAGUUGUUCGUUGUUCCAUGGCAGAGGAGAAAGAUUCUGAAUCACGAGAACAAAAGACGAACGGAAUUCACCGUGGGUGAUUCAGAUUGUGAUUCUUCCUCGAAUGGUAGUCCCCGCCGUCCAAAGCGUCCGCUGUCGUUGGUCGGCGAUGCCAAGGGACUUCCGGCCAUCACCGAAACAACUGAACUAGUGUCCCUGUCGUCGCAACAUCAGCACAACGGUUUGAUCAAGAAACUGUCCAUCGACCUGUCGCCGAGUGUCAUCAAGGGAACCAGCCCGAAUCCGUACAAAAUCGAUCCAAAGAUUGUGCAGAAGGCAGAAAACCUCCUAGCUGCCAAUAAAGCUAGUCUGGACAACACCGAUCUAACCAUCACGAGCCUCAACUACAUCGAUGAAUAUCAAUCGACAAUGAACGGAACCGGCCGAAUGGGACUGAAUUCAUACUUUGAUCGCCGUAACAGUAGUAAUCUUUCGCCCAAAUCCCACGAUUCUGUUACCAUGAGUAAUGGUGUAAAAGACCAAUCGACAAUCGUCCUAAAUGGGAAGUCUCCAACCAGCCCCAAAAGUGAUAGCACUCUUCCGAUCGCUGACUACACACUGGCACCGCCGAACAUCAUCCUAAACAGCACCGGUAACGAUCUGAAGAAGGACAUCGGCAAAAUCGAAAACGCUGCCGGUUUGGAUCACACGUUGAUCAGCACCACGCUGUCGCCGAACUCGAGCAAAGUGCCGCUGAUCGGUGCCAAGGAGGGCUCCGAAGAGAGCCAGCAUCCCGCCUCGGAGGAGGGCGAAGACGUUUCGGCGUUGUUCUCGUUCCUGCAGGUGCUGACGGCGACGUUCGGUAGCUUUGCCCAUGGUGGUAACGAUGUGAGCAACGCGAUCGGACCGUUGAUUGCUCUCUUCAUGAUCUACCGGGAAGGCUCGGUACUGCAAAAGUCUGAAACUCCUCUGGCAAUUCUGCUGUACGGCGGUAUCGGUAUCUCCGUCGGAUUGUGGCUGUGGGGACGCCGCGUUAUCGAGACGAUUGGCAACGAUCUCACCAAGAUCACACCUUCGACUGGUUUCACCAUCGAGAUCGGUGCAGCCUUCACGGUGCUGCUGGCGUCCAAGAUCGGUCUGCCCAUUUCCACCACCCACUGCAAGGUGGGUUCGGUAGUGUUUGUCGGCCAGGCCAGCGCCCCAAAAAAGCUCUCGCCGGACGAGGAGAAGGCCAUGAAGCUGCGGAAUCCGCACGAGCAUCACCACUACGCCACCGGACAGCAGAAGGCCGUCGAUUGGGGCCUGUUCCGGAAUAUUGUGUAUGCGUGGGUGGUCACCGUACCGGUUGCGGCGCUGCUCAGUGCCGGCUUCAUGUACGCCCUGUGUGCCAUAGUGCUGUGAGACAACGUCGAGAAGGAUGCAUAGGCGUGGUGGGAAGAAGGGAGGACGGAUCAGGUCGUCUAGUGAGAGAGAGAGGGAAAUCGGGGUUCGACAGUUGUUGAUUUGUUGGAUAAGUCUCUCAGAUCAGAGUUUGAAAGCGUUUGUUUUAAUGGGUGAAUGAGUUGUUUUUGUAAAAGUUUUAUUUAUAAUUUGUUUUUAAAAAGUAACGCAUAACAGUCUGAAGAUAUAAAUGAUUUUGUAAGGUAUUUUUUGAACAAAAAGUAUACUUAAAGAAAAACUUAUUGUUUUUUGUCUUGGCUUCCUUUUAUGGAACACAAACGGAGCUUUUAGUUGUACUUCUUCAUUUUGAUGGAGCUUAUGCAGCCAAAUAAAGGUAGUUUAUCUCGAUGAUUAAGUAUAAUUAGCUGGGAGUAGUUACAAUGAUAAAUACAAUAAUUAUUUUUAAGUGUAAAUCUCAAUAAAAACAAGUGAUAACCCACAGAAAUUAGAACAAAAUAAAAAUCGCUGUUGAAAACCAAAAAAAAAACAAUCAAACGAACUGCACUUGUUUCGACUCAAUCAGUAAACAAAAACACACAAACACUGUCAAUUUUAUGCAACCACCACCAUGACCGCUAACGCUCGCUUAUUUGCUUACUAUCAUCGGGAAGCUCACACUAAUUUGUUCUUAGCUACGCUUGAAGUGUUUUAUGCUUCACUAAUAUUGAUUUUUUUGCAGCACUGCUCGGGUAGAUGAGAAUCAUAGAAGAUGGUUACGUUUUGUCAUUCAAACAGAACAACUGAAUGGCAAAGCUUGUUUUUGAUCUGUUGGAAAUUAGAACUAAAAGAACAAAAUGUGUAACAGACAUUGUAUGGAAAAGUAUUUCUUUAUUCUGGUUUAGCUUUCUUAGUUAAGUUCUUGCUGAACAAUUCUGAAUGAUGAAACGACUGGAUUUGCUCUCAUACAAGCACUGGAAAACUAAAUCACCCAAAGAAAUCCGUUAGAGAAUACAUACAUUGAUGUUCCGCCCAUCGCCGAUGUGUUCUUGGAAAAGCGCUACGCCAUGGGCGGUAGUGUGAUAUUGCAAAAGUUAAUACAUGUGUUACUGUGAAAAUCGAUACCGAAAAUCGUUGUUACAAUAAAUGUCUAGGCUUUAGCGGCCGCCACGUGUAGACAAAAAAAAAAUCUCUCUAGCGGUAGGUCCUCACAAGGCCAGGUAAAAGUCCGGAAUCAACCGAAAUCUCGCGGUGGCCCGUCAUUUGACGACAAUUCGUUAUCCUGUGUUCCGUUUCCCCGCUUAAUACCGUCUUAUUGUGCAUCCUCUUUAAGUUGUGUAAGUGCGCAAACUAGGCAGCAUCCAACCAACCGCUGCUCGCUUCCUCCCGCACCGACUUAAGCGUAGUAGGCGUAAAACAAAUCGAAUUUCUCAUUUCAUUUGAAUUUAUGAUUUUCUCAAUUUUCUCUUAAUUCGUAGCUGCUAUACUUAGAAGAGCGAAAAGUAGGUUCCACUGAUAGUUUAGCGUAUAGAUCGUCUCGUAAAAUAGUGUUUGGAAAUAAAAAAAUGCUUAGACCGAAAAGAAAUGUGUAGAACAUUGAAUGACCACAAAACAUCCGGUAGUCGAGCAGGAAACGUAAAAUUUAUAUUAGAAUUAUUAAUUACUUAUAUUAAGGGUGAUACUUACAAUUAAAUAAAAAAGAGGACAAGUGGAAAAAGAUAAAGCAGAAAAGCAAACAAAACAAAAUUAAAAAAACCAAAAAAAAGCUAAGAAGGCAUUUUCCAUUUGAACCCCAAAUAAAUGUUGCUCUCCGUGUGUGUUAGAGAAUUAGCCCAGCGUGAAACCUUCUGUAAUACGAAGCCCACGUGUCAGCACUCUACACUUCACACCCAGUCCAUUUCGAUUGAGCUAAUGCGAAGGUACAGAAAGAAGAAGAAAAAAAGACUUGGAAAAUUGUUUACUUACGCUGGGAAGAAAAAAACUGCCGUCUUUCGCUUUUGGAAAUGACAAAAAACAGUCGGCAAAUCAAAACAGAUUCAAAGUUCAAAGGCUGUGUUGUACUGCAACGAAAUACUUAAUGAUUCCGGGAGGCGAGGGUCGUACUUAAAAAAAACGACGCAAGGGAAACGAAUGAGCGACGAUUCGUUGGAGACGCAUGGCGACUUAAAAAUGUCCUCGCCCAUGUUUGGAAGAAGAAGA